CUGGCAGAAGAGGGGGGGAGUGAUGGAGCGGGUUCCGUGCGGGGAGGCCUCUGGCGAGGCGGCCGCGUAGUAGGAUGGGCCGGGGAGGCCUAGGCUUCGGCUCUGGGGCGGCGCCGAAGCAGCAGGCCGCGGCGACUACGGGCCUGUAUUCGUGGCCGGCCAGCGGGGGGUGGUGAAGUGGUUGGUUGUGGCCGGCGGCCGCCGAGGCACAGCGGGGUCAGUUCACUUUAGUGUUUGCCGAUGUUGGAGGCGUCACCAAAGUGUCUCCGGGAACCAGUAAAAAAAUAAUAAUGGCACAAGUCAAAACACAGACUGUAACAAAUCACUCUGGACCUGCCCUGACUACCCCAGCAACACCAGCCCCAUCAGUAAUGGCAACAAGUUCAGUUGGUCUUCAGUCCUCCGUAAAUGGAUCUGUUCCAGAGUUGGCUGUAGACUGUAAUAAUUCUACAGCUGGUUUGGUGGAUUGUACCAGCUCACCUGUUCCUUUCCAAGAUAACAUGGUAAACCCCAAAGAGAAAACACCAAUGUGUCUGGUAAAUGAGUUAGCCCGUUUCAAUAGAAUUCAGCCUCUGUAUAAACUUCUGAACGAACGAGGACCUGCUCAUGCAAAGAUGUUCACAGUGCAGCUGACUCUUGGAGAACAGACAUGGGAAGCUGAAGGAAGCAGUAUUAAAAAGGCUCAUCAUUCUGCUGCUAGCAAAGCUCUGAGUGAAACUACUCUACCCAAGCCAACACCAAGACCACCCAAAAAUAAUGUUAAUAACAACCCAGAUAGUGGGAAAUCCGACGGACACUGUGCAGAGAAGCUGAGUGCGAAAUCGGUCAUAGUCUUUAAACUCUUCAG